AUGUCUGCGUUAAAUGUGUUGACUAUUGGCGAUAAUCCAAAUAUUAUCUUAUAUUCAUGGAGGUUUUCUUUAACUUCAUCUAUUGCUUUAACCCAUGUUGGUUCAUUAGCCAACGUUUUAAACUCUGUGACACCACCAGAAGAAGCUCAUAUAACUAUUGAAUUUGGUUCUAAAAAUUAUAGUUUAGAUUUCCAAAAAGUUAAUUUAUUUCCACAAUUAAACGAUUUAUUAACUUAUUUUAAUGAAAAUAGUGGUAACACUACUUUGGAAAAGUUCGAUAUUGUUAUUUUGAGUGGUAGUUCCUUACAGGAGUUAAGUUCGAUUUCGUCUAAUUUAAAUUCUAUAUUGGCUCCAUCUUCCAAGAUUUUUGUAGAGGGUUCAGCUUUUAUCAAUUUAGAGUCCUUUGUUAAAAUGUCUAUUGGCAAUGACCAAUUAAAAAUUUUCACCAUAUUAACAGAUUGUGAUUUUCGUCAAGUUAAUUCCACUACCUUUAAGAAGUUUGGCAAUGUGGAAAAUAAAAUUUAUUUGGGUGAAUCUGUUAUAAAAAGUGGUGCUACUAGUGGUAAUACUACAGCUACUAGCAGAUAUUCUGCAGAGAGUUCCGAUCUAAUUGCUACAUUUUCUAAACUAUUUGCUAAACUUUUCAAUAAUUUAGAAAAUUUAAGUAUUUCGGUUUGCGGAUUGAACCCAAGUGAGUUUUUGAUUCAGCAGUGGAAGUUAGCUUUGCCAGCGGUAUCUUUUGAUCCAUUGCUAAUUCUAUUAGAAAUUUCCAAACCUAUUGAAUUAAGCGAGCAAAUUUUAGCCAAACCGUUAAUUAGUGGAUUAAUUACCGAAUUGGUCAAUAUUUCUAUGAGUAUGGGUUUGAAAUUACCCAAUGGAUAUGACAAUGAAAAUGACCUAUUGCAAAUAUGGGGUAGUUCCUAUGCCAACAGUGAUGAUGUGCCUAAAUUGGUUUAUCAUUUUAUUAACCGUCAAUGUUCUUUAGAUGUUGAUAUGUUACUGUUACAGCCUAUAUUGUUGGCUGAUGACUAUGGUAUUAAGACGCCAUACUUAGAGUUUUUAUAUUCUAUGAUUUGUCAAUACGAAAAGAUUAACGUAGGUGAAAGCAAAUGGUUUAUUAGAAGAUCCGAUCAUGAAUUAGAAUUAGCCAAUGUAAAAUCGGUCAAUGGCAGCAGUGCAAAUGCAGAUAAUAAUAGCAACUCAAACAAUACAAUUUGGAAAUCCAAAUAUGAUUCAUUGAAUCAAGAAUUUAUUCAAUCUAGUGAAUCUUAUGAAAACCAGAUUAAUCAAUACAAUACUCAAAUUAAUGAAAUUCAAGGUCAAUUAUCAGUCCAAGAGCGUCAAUUAAAUAGUAUUAAAUCAGAAAGAGAUCAUUUGUUAACUUCUAUUGAUAAUCAACAAAAAGAAAUUGCUGAAUUGAAAUCUAGUGCUACCGCUAAUAGUAAAAAAUCUAUAGAUGAUCAGGAUUUUAAUGGCGUACCAGAGGGUCAUCGUAUGAAUAGUGGUAGUAAUAGCCCAUUUGAUAAGGAUGCCUUUAAAGAUGUAGAGGACGUUACUCUUUAUGGUGUCCAAUAUGGCUCACCACAACAACAACAACAACAACAACAGAAAACGGGUGGUACUUCGAAUCCAGAUAACAGUGUUAAUACCGUUGCUCCAAAUAAUUAUAACAAAAAUCCAAGCCCUACUGGGAACACUACUGCUACAAGCUCCGAACUGUUGCAAAUGAAGGAACGCGAGCUAGAAUUAAAAAAACGUGAAUUAGAGUUACAAGAACGUGAAAUUGAAUUACAAAAACAAAUGAACGUGCAGUAUAAUAUUAAUGGGAAUAAUAAAUUUUCAGGUCCACCGCAACAACAGUUGCAGUCUCCAUUACAACCACCACCUCAAGUGCCACCACCACCACAACAACAACAACAACAACAACAACAACAGCAGCAACACAGAGCCAUGCAUGGUGCCCAGUUACCUAAAAUACAUACGCAGAUGCCACCACAGCAACAGCAAAUAGGAGCAACGCCUGGAUACAAUAUGAACAAUUUUCCAUCUCAAAUCCCACAACAACAAUAUGGUAUGCCACAAUUUAAUAACAACAACAUGAAGUCUAACGGUAGUAGAAUUCCAUCUGGACAACAACAACCUGCUCAGCCAUACCAUCCACAGUUUACAAAGACAAGUAGAAAGAAUAGAGUUAGUAACAUGCAUAAUUUAAAGAGUGCAUCAAGAGUUGGACUGAAUGAAGUCUUUAAAGGGAAUAAUUCUCCCGGUGGAGUGAAUAAUGGUCCAAUUCCAACAUCAGCUUCAGCCUCUUUACCAUCAGGUGCAUUAAAUACUAGUAAUAGCAGUAAUAAUUUAAGAUACAAUUCUAUAAGUGGUGCCUCUCUAAAUAACGGAUAUCCAGGCCUAGGAGGUGGACCAGGAUCUUCUGGUAAAUUUAAUAAUGGCUUAAUGCAAGGUAAUUUGAGAAAUACAAAUUCUAGCAGCAUGAUCCAAUUGAAUCAUCAAUUUGACAAUACUAAUCUUAAUAGUAAUAAUACUGUUGGUGGUAAUAGAACACCUCCACAACAACAACAACAGCCAAUAUCACUAGGUAAUAAUAAUAAUGAUAAUAAUAACAAUAAUAAUAAUGGCAGUGCACCCAACAAUAACAAUGUUAUAAGUUUUGGUAAUAGCUCUGCAAACAAUAAUAAUCCAAGUGAUCCUAAUACUGCUGGAUCAACUGUUCAAAAUGGUGAUACAACUGCUCCUACUACUGCAGGUACUACAACGACUUCUACUCCACUUGCUGGACCAGGGGGCGAUACUAAGGCAGAAACUGGUAAAAAAGAUGCUAAUGAGGGUAAAAAGAAAAAAAAGAAAUUUGGUAAUUUAUUUCACAAAAAGAAAUGA